CACGCCGCUUCAUCAGCCUUCCUUCCCUCUCUCUCCCCCUCCCCCGUUUCGCGCCGUCCACAUCCCGAGACGCAAGCAUGGCUGCCGCUGCUUCUGCUCCGAUGCCGCCGCACUAUUUCCAGUAAACAACAAUACCCACUCCCCACCCGUGUACGUACCAUUCGCCCGUCCCCCCAAGAACUCGUGCUCCCUCCCUCCCCAAUCCCCAUCCUCCCUCCACUUGCCGCACACACGGGGGUGGUCUAUUGUCCGUCGAGACUCUCUGUUUGGGUUCCAAGAAGUGUGCGCGGGGGAGACGCCGGAGAUGGGUUCCUGCGCGUCGGUCCACAAGGAGGACGUCGAGCUGCCCAAGAAGCAGCAGCUGCUCGCCCCCUCGCCGCCGUCCAAGGACGGCACCCCCGUCGGCGACGUCCUCGUCGACCUCAAGCGCAAGAUCGAGGGGUUCGGCCCUGGCGGCAGGACCCCUGACUCCGGUAGCAAGGAUGAGAUGUUCUUCGAGUCUCAACCGUGGUUAGAUUCCGACUGUGAGGACGACUUCUACAGCAUAAAUGGAGAUUUCACUCCGUCCCGCGGCAGCACUCCGGUCCAUCAACCCAGGGCGCAGACCGUGAUGAGCAACGUGUUUCUACCUGAUAACGCCGCGCAGAGCCCCAACUCAUCGGAGGCUUCUCCGACCGGACGGAGAAAAUUAGCCGACCUCCUGCAGGAGGCGACGCGAAACGACACCGGAGAGAGCGCCGCAGCCGCCACCGGAGAGUCAGACGGCAGCAAGAGCGGACAGCAGGGUCCGCAGCCCGGCGCCGUGGCAGCUGGGAAGUCUGUGUCAGAGCCCAGCUCCGGCUGCAGCACGGAGCCGACGCCGGUGAGGGAGGCUAGGAGCCGGAAAGAGCGGGCCUGGUACUCCGGCCGCUGCUGCCUGCCGACCUUCGUCCACAGCCUGGCUCUAGACGACGAGGGGCGGCAGAAGACCGGCCCUGGCCCCUGCGCCGUCUGAGAUAGGGUCGACGGCGCGGCGUCUCCGAGCUGUAUCUACUACGAUAUACCACCACUACUACUACCUGAACCUGAUCAGCCCCUGAAUCGAGCUACUGUAAAGAUGGUGAGAGCGCUGAGAGUGCCAUAUAUAUAUAUAAAUAUGCUUGUAAUAAUCAAGCGAAUAGUCCACUCCGGGGAGUUCAUGUGCUGAACCCUACCUAGCUCGACAAAAUGCUUCGGCCUGUGCAUAUCUUUAA